AUGCUAUAUCGUGUCGUAAAACCAAGACGCGGACCUAGAGAGCUAGUGAAGAGAAAUCUUACGAUCUACUCGAAAUGCGGUGUCGCCACCUGGGAAGAUCCCUUGGACGGCUUCCAGCUGCUGUUCACAGGUGCUGCCGAAAUGAGCUGUGUCAUUGGUGACACCAAUAUUGGGGGUACCGCGUGGGUCGGUGACGAGUACAAGUGGACAGAUCAUGAUGCUUGUUUGGCUGUGGUGGGUGUUGGUGAGAAGAUCCUAGAGAGUGCUAGUGAAUGCGAUCAGCUCUUGUUCGAAACACAACGCCGCCACCUGAUUGAGCCCUCGCAAGACAUAGAGGCGUACAAAUCUGGCAGUGAUGCUACGAUUCCGAUUUCAGGUGAUGGUACUGCGAAGGAAAAUAAUAUCAAUGUUUCUGGGAGAACAUUGAAAUCAACGACGAGCAUCGAAUUAGAAUUAAAGCAGGAUGCGAACCUGCAAAGAGAAGUUUUGAAGAGUGAACCUCGAAGGGCAGCAGUGCCAACUACAAGGAUGACAUCAAAUAAUGACGCUGCGAUCUCGAUUAAUGCCAGACAUCAUGGACUGCCAAAAGCUGUGAUAGACAUGGGGGUACAGCGCUGGGAGAGUAAAGUUUGGAAGUGGGAGUUUAGAAGACAACGAGGUGAUCUGCAGGAAUCUAGAAUAUAUAUCUGGUUGGUUAUUUCUUUGUUCGAGGGUGAAAACUUGUCGAGAUGA